CCAAAUUGCUGAGCCUGUCACCUGUGUUUCAGGAGCUGAACCAGAAAUGUCGUCCUCAGGCACGCCAGACUUACCUGUCCCACUUACCAAUUUGAAGAUUCAAUACACUAAGAUCUUCAUAAAUAAUGAGUGGCAUGAUUCCGUGAGUGGAAAGAAAUUUCCUGUGUUUAAUCCUGCAACUGAGGAGAAACUCUGCCAGGUAGAGGAAGGAGAUAAGGAGGAUGUUGACAAAGCAGUGAAGGCUGCAAGACAGGCUUUUCAGAUCGGCUCUCCAUGGCGUACUAUGGAUGCUUCAGAGCGGGGUCGACUACUGUACAAGUUGGCCGAUUUAAUUGAAAGAGAUCGUCUACUGCUGGCUACAAUGGAGUCGAUGAAUGGUGGGAAACUGUUUUCCAAUGCAUAUCUGAUGGAUUUAGGAGGCUGUAUUAAAACGCUGCGCUAUUGUGCAGGCUGGGCUGACAAGAUCCAGGGUCGCACGAUACCAAUUGAUGGAAACUUUUUUACUUAUACAAGACAUGAACCUAUUGGUGUAUGUGGUCAAAUCAUUCCUUGGAAUUUCCCGUUGGUUAUGCUCAUUUGGAAGAUAGGGCCUGCUCUUAGCUGUGGAAACACUGUGGUUGUCAAACCAGCAGAGCAAACUCCCCUCACUGCUCUUCACGUGGCAUCUUUAAUAAAAGAGGCAGGGUUUCCUCCUGGAGUGGUGAAUAUCGUCCCUGGUUAUGGGCCUACUGCAGGGGCAGCUAUCUCUUCUCACAUGGACGUGGACAAGGUGGCCUUCACGGGCUCAACAGAGGUUGGCAAAAUGAUCAAAGAAGCUGCUGGGAAAAGCAAUCUAAAAAGGGUGACCCUAGAGCUCGGGGGGAAGAGCCCUUGCAUUGUGUUCGCUGAUGCUGACUUGGACAAUGCUGUGGAAUUUGCGCACCAUGGGUUAUUCUACCACCAGGGCCAGUGUUGUAUAGCUGCAUCGAGGCUUUUUGUGGAAGAGUCCAUCUACGAUGAGUUUGUUCGAAGGAGCGUUGAGCGGGCUAAGAAGUAUGUUCUUGGAAAUCCUCUGACUCCAGGAGUAAAUCAAGGCCCUCAGAUUGACAAGGAACAACAUGAUAAAAUACUUGACCUCAUUGAAAGUGGGAAGAAAGAAGGGGCCAAACUGGAAUGUGGCGGGGGCCCAUGGGGGAAUAAAGGCUACUUUAUCCAGCCCACCGUGUUCUCUAAUGUUACGGAUGAGAUGCGUAUUGCCAAAGAGGAGAUAUUUGGACCAGUGCAGCAAAUUAUGAAGUUUAAAUCUUUAGAUGAUGUGAUCAAACGAGCAAAUAAUACUUCCUAUGGCUUGUCAGCAGGGAUCUUUACCAAAGAUAUUGACAAGGCUGUAACGGUCUCCUCUGCUCUCCAGGCCGGGACAGUCUGGGUGAAUUGCUAUAGCGUGGUAACUGCCCAGUGCCCCUUUGGUGGAUUCAAGAUGUCUGGAAAUGGACGAGAAUUGGGAGAAUAUGGUUUCCAUGAAUACGUAGAGGUCAAGACAGUCACGAUGAAAAUCUCUCAGAAGAACUCCUAAAGAAACAAUACGAGUGGAAGAGAAGACUCUUUGAUAGCUAAGCAUCUCCUACAGUCACUGAGAUAGUGGGUUUCAAAUAUGAAAUUGUUCUUGAUUUUUUUAAAAAACAUAAGCUAAUCAUAUUCGUAUUAAUAUUACACAUAGAAAACUUGUCAUGUAGCUUAUUCUGAAAUAAUUUGUCUUCUGAUAUGUGAGCCCAAGUCCUAUGCUAAAUAAAAAGAGUGGAUUUGAGCAUGAGAUCUCUCUAGCUCUGUUGUAACUAUGUGCUUCUCAUUGUGGCUUCUUUUCCAGGAUAAUCAUUUCAUAGAAGAGCACCAGCUGCCAUUUAGCUGCUUUCCCUUAAUGACUCCUUGAAAUACUUAACAUGUUAACUGCAGAGUCAGCUGCUCUGCUCCCAGUAGUUCUGAUGUCCUUGGAGUGUCUUAAAAUGUUCCCUAGAAUGUCAUGUCUGAUUGUCACAUGAUGCAAUGCCUGAAAUACUUAGCUGUAACCUGAAUAUAAAGUUUAAUAAAAACAAAUCUGCAUGA